UCUUCCUUUUACCAAAUCCGCCAUUGAAGAAGAAGAAGAGAGAGAGAGAGAGAAGAGAACUACUCAGAUAUAAAAACCCUAGAUUUCUUCUCUAAAACCCACAUCGAAUCUCAACUCAGAACCAACAAUGCUCCAACCUUUCUCGAGAACUUUCUUGGUUUAGGAAUCCUUGUUGAAUCAGAGAGAAAGCAUCCAUUUUUUCAUCAUUGCUUGCUUGCUUGCUAUGGAAUUGGGUAAAUCUCGAUUCUAUUUGUGCAAUUGCUUUUCUCCUGUUAGGUUUUCCGAUUAUUCUUUAGCUGGAAGUGAUUAUCCAGACGCCAUAUCCAUGAAUUUGAUUCCCAAACCUUCUUCUUCUAUUGUUUCUUCUUGUAUCAUCAUCUCUGAAGAUUCUUCGUAUCUUUCGAUUCGAUGCUUAUAGACUUCAAUCUCUCUUCCAAAUCUUGAAACGAUUUUCUUCCAAAAAUCUCCCUUUUCUCUCUCCCAAUCACUCAAACAAUGUUGUGUGCAUCAUCUUCGUUUGCUCUUUUGGGUCCUGCUUCUUCAGCUAUGGCUUCUUCACCAGUUUCCAGAUUUCUUGGAUUUGGUCAUCAUACUACUCUCAGGUAUGAUCUUGAUCAACGUCGUCGUCGUUGUUCUGGACUUGAAAAGAAGAUCCCUUUUCCUCGGAAUAGGACUGCCUCAGCUUCUGCUUAUCCUCUCUUUCUCAGUCAGCUUAAUAAAGACUCACCACCAAGACCCAAAAAUUACCAAGAGGUCACUAAGUCAGCCCGGCAAAUGUUUGCUCGAGAAAUCUCUAUCCAAUCGAAAGACAAUGAAAUUUCGAUUGCAAAGGUUCUUUUCUACAUUGCUGCUGAAGAUGAAGCCUUCUUGGCUAUAAACCGAGAGAGGGAUGCUCAGUCACUCAUGAAAGAGAGGGAAAGUGUCCAAGAUCAGUCUGAUCCGAGUGAGACAGAUUCUGAGGAGCUAUUGCAGUUAGAUGGAAAGAGUAUAUCUGAGUGGGUGAGUGAAAUAGAUGCAAUUUCCAAAGAUGUAGAGGCAGAAUUAGUCUCACGAGAUAUCGGCUGCCACUUGGUUCAAGUUCUUGAAGCUGUAAAUACAGUUCUCUUCGAUCUGAGAGGCUUCAAGAGGACAUCUAUUACUUUAGACCCGGAGAAUUCCUACCUUCACUCUGUACUUAACUGUAGAUGCAGCACUGCAUUUCUGAUUAGUGUAAUAUACAUUGAAGUUUGUAAGCGCCUCAAUGUGCCAAUUGUUGGAUCUCCAGUUGGGGAAGAUUUUCUGAUUUGGCCUAAAACAGAGUAUCCUGAGGAACUCUUUAAAGCCACUUCAGGACAGAGCUUGUUCUCUAUUGUCAAUGGAAGUUGCGUUGAUGAUCCUGGAUCAAUGGCAUCAGACUUAACCGCAAAAUCACUUCAAGACCUUGACAUCGCAACAAAUAGAGACAUUAUAGGGAUUGCUCUUGCCAAUUUGAUUAGGCUUCACUGGAGACGUGCUUCGAAGUCAUCCCGUGGACUAAUGCUGACUUCUCCUCUUAGUCAACUUAACAACAUCAGUAGUUCUAAUUUCCCAUUGUUGCGGCCUCAAGAUCUUAGGUUGGCUAUUGCGGCUGCAGAAAGGUUGUUGAUUUUGCAACCUCAUAACUGGGCACUUCGCAGAGACCUUGGUAUGAUGCUGUACUACGACAGGCAAUAUGGAGAGGCGGUACAAGAGCUGAGCAUAUGUAUGGCCUUUGCUCCUCCUGAAGAAGAAGCUGUGUUGGAGCCAUUUGUAGAGAGACUUCAUCUACUUCGUCUCAUAUCUUCAUUGAAGCCUCUUGGCUCUGAUCGCUUGACCGUUCCUUGACGUCUCUCUCUCUCUCUCUCUCUCUCUCUCUCUCUCUCUCUCUACUCCAUUUGUAAAUUCACUCUCUUUCUUUCUCGGUGUCUCUGUUGUGUUUGAAGAACCUUUGUAGUAGGAGACUUGGAGCUUUGUUGUUUGUUGUAGUAACUCUACUGUUGUUUUCUGAUCAGAUCUAAUGGAUUUGGGCCUCCAGCUAAAUUUUGACU